UCGGUACAAGCCAACAGCAAAACGCGAAGAUGCACGCGCUGCGCGCGAGACUAAGCAGAAGAAGAAGAAACGUUCUUUGGGAUCGCCACGGCCGAUUCUUCCUCCCGCCUCGCAAACGAGUGAAUUGAAGAAAUCAGCGCUUGCGAAGCCGCCGACAGCACCCCAACGCACUGGUGGACGACGCUACCUCGAGCACGCCUGGUAUCCCCGACGGUGGCGGCCGGCCUUCUGGUCCUGAGGUGCUGUUUGACCAACGGGGUGACAAAGGAGCCUGGGCAGCGGGAUGAUGAUGAACGUGCCCGAGGGCACGCCGGUGGACUCCAGCGUAUCCGCUUUGGAGCAAGCCCGCUGCAUUCCGCCGAGCAAGCUGCGCCAAGAGUACCUGGACCUCCUCGAGCUAGUCGGCCACGGUUGCUUCCAGCUCAGGAUCCUCUUCUGCGCCCAUCUGUCCCUCGUCAUGGUGCUGUUCCACCAGUGGUCUACGCACGCGCUGACACAGCCCGUGGACCACUGGUGCAAGCCUCCCGCGUUGUUCGCACACCUGACGCGCGACCAGUGGCUCAACGUAAGCGUGCCGGUGGUGGAGGACUCGCACGGCAACCGUCGCCACAGCCAGUGCGCCAUGUACGACCUCAGCACCAUCGUGUUCAACGGAUCCCGCUUGGAGGUACCCUGCGACGGAUGGGACUACGACCUGCCACCAGACACCAGCACCCUCGUCUCCAAGUGGGAUCUGGUGUGCGACCGCGCGCCGUACGUGCUGAUGACGCACGUGUACUACACGGUCGGUGGCGUGCUGGGCGCGCCGCUGGUGGGACAGCUGGCGGACCGCGUCGGCCGCCGGCCCGUGGUGUUCGGCGCCUUGCUGCUGUCCAUGGUGUCGGUGUUCACGGCAACGGCCGCCGACUCCUUCCCCGCCUUCGUGGUCGCCCACGUGCUCAUCGCCCUGUGCACGUCCACCGUCUACUUCCUCACGUCUAUUCUGCUCUUUGAGAGCUCUUCGUCGGCCUACCGUACGCUGUACAUCGCCGCAGCCGAGACGGGUGCCCCGCUCAUGCAAGCCGCCUCGAUGAGCCCGUGGCUGCAGCGCAUGGACCUCCGCUUCACGCGCAUCGCGCUCGUGGUCAGCAUGAUCGUGUUGUCGCUCGCCUUCCACGCGGUGGCCGAGUCGCCCCGUUGGCUGCUCGCCGUGGGCCAAUACGACGCCCUGACCGCCGUGCUGACCAGGAUCGCCCAGGAGAACGACGUCGAGAUCGGAGACGUCUGGCGCCUGGUCCACUACGCCGAGGUUGUGAAGCCGCUGCAGGCAGGCAUGCCGUUCCAACUCUCCGACGUGCUGCUGCUUCCCGAGCUGCGCGCCCGCACGGUGGCGCUGUCGGUGCUGUGGUUCUGGUGCUUCUUCGCCCAAUACUCGAUCGCCCUCGUGCGGCCGAACGCGGCAACCAGCCCGUCGCAGAUUGUUCCCAUGCUCCUGCUGCUGGUGCCCGUCUACGCCGCGGGCUAUCCGCUGGUCACCAGGUGGCCCCGACGCACGAGCCUCCACAUGGCUCUCAUGGUGGCGUCCACGGUGGCUGUCGCUGCUGGGGCCGCCCACUACUCCGAGAACGCGCUUGUCGCCGAGCACAUCGUGGACUUGCUCUUAGCCGCGGUCCAGCUGUGCUUGCUGGUGGCCAAGCUGCUGGCGUACGAGUGCUUCCCGAGCGCCGUCAGGGCCACAGCUGUGCACGUGGUGGUCGCAGCCGGGUGUCUCGGCCAGGGCAUGGCCCAGUUCUUGGUAGACGUCGCGCGCGUGGCGGACGCCACCUCGGCGCUCCUCAUCAUGGCCGUGGGACUGCUGACCUGCGAGAUGGCCGUCCGCUGGCUCCCCGAGACCAAGGAUGUCGAGCUGCCCGAAGUGCAGGGUGACGUACUAGCCCAGGGAAGCCACCCGCAGCAGGCGUCAUCGCCGUCCAAGGAAGAAAUGCUUCCGGCAAAGAGGACCAGCAGUACGCAGCCGUGUUCGAGUCGCCAGGCCAGUUGA